AUGUUGGCUUCACCCAUCAAUCCAGCUGAUUUGAAUGUGCUUCAAGGAUUGUAUCCCAUCGAACCUUCCCUUCCUGCAGCUGGUGGUAACGAGGGUGUCGGGGAAGUGUUGGCAGAUGGUGAUGUGAAGUCUGUCCGUGUUGAUAAGUGGCUAUUAAUGGGAACUACAGGACUUGAUCAUAGUAUUGAAAGAGGUGAUUGCGACAAAAUUCCAGUAAAAAAUGGUCUUUCUAUGAAAGAUGCAGCAAUGUUGUCCAUAAAUCCCUGUACAGCUUACAGAAUGUUGAAAGACUUUCAACCAUUGCAAGAAGGUGUAUGUCUGAAGUCUCUUUCACAAAAUCUCCUACUGCAUGGCUUUUAA